CAACCGAGCGCGAUGAGAUCGAUCCUUAUAACCGGCUGCAACCGCGGUCUGGGUUUGGGCCUGGUGAGACAUCUGGUCGACUCACCGAGACCGCCGGACUACAUCUUCGCGACUUGCCGUGACGCAAGCAAGGCGACGGAAUUACGCGCGCUCGCUGACAAAUCGUCGGCCGUACAGAUCAUCGAGAUAGAUUUAACGGAUACGGAUAGCUACAAGAGAGUCGUAGACACGGUGAAUGAAAGGGUAAAUGGCGCUGGUCUUAACGUUCUCUUUAACAACGCUGGUAUUUCUAGCAAAUUUACACGUCUUGGCCUCGUAAAGAAACAGCAGAUUACCGACGCUUUUCUCAUAAAUACCGUGGCACCGAUUAUGCUAACAAAGGCUUUCCUGCCGCUACUUAAAACAGCUGCGAAAAAUUCCGAGGAUAAAACGGGAUUAAAUGUAAGAAGAGCAGCAGUUAUUAACAUGACAUCUAUCCUAGGCAGUAUUACCGAAAACGGUGAUGGCGGUUUUUACCCUUACAGAUGCAGCAAGGCGGCGCUUAACGCAGCGACAAAAUCAAUGAGCAUCGAUUUAAAAGCAGAUGGGAUAUUGGUAGCGUGUUUGCAUCCAGGAUGGGUGCGAACCGAUCUGGGUGGUAGCAACGCUCCAAUGGACGUCGACAACAGUGUCAGUUGCAUUCUGAAUACCUUAAACUCAUUAACGGAAAAACAAACCGGUUGUUUUGUGCAGUAUGAUGAGAUGUAUAAUAUGCACUGAUUAAGAGAUCAACUAUUUUAUUCGUAUGAGUUCAAGCUUAUUUUGUACAUGUCACGGUGCUAUAACGCAGAGGAAUGCAAGUUCUCCUAUAGUAUUAAUGAAAAAAAAAGAUAUUUGAGAUAUGUACAAUGAUUUUUAAGGACUAUCAGAAGCGUGAACUGUGUAUAAAGGUAUGUUUUUUUAGCACUUUUUUGUUUUUGCAAAACUAAUUAUAAUACUCUAAUAUUAUAAUAUUCCAACAGUUUGCACGGAUAAUUCUUGAUGUAGGAAUAAUCAUUAUAGCAAGAAAAAUAUAGUUUCGAAAAAAAAUAAUACUGCAGUGUGAGCUACUAAUCGCCGCGAAUGUACAAUCCGCUUUCAUUAUCAAGCAUUUUUCAAUGUUUGAAAUCACUUUUACAAUCUCAUACUCUAGAAUCUUUAAGUUAAGAGUGGAACAUGUACAUAUAUAUUAUUUUAUUGUUUCCGAAACGUGUUACAAUCACCUCAUACUCUUUCACUGAAAACUUUCAAUUUUUUAAUCAAUUUCUUAUAAAUUGAGAUAUAAAAUGAGGAUCGAGAUUGAACUCAGAACCUACUGACGAAUUAAUUGCUUCUACUUAAACUACACAUUUUAGUGGGAUUAUAUAGAAACAAGAAUUUAAUAAACCGAUUGGGAUGAUGUGUAACUCAAGGGCGAUUUGUAAUCAACAGAUCUCAAGUUUAAUUCCAAGCUCCAAUCUAUAUGCAUUGUAUAAGUAAUUGAUUUAAGGAUUAAAUAUUUAAUAUAAAAACAAUAUACAUAUAUAAACGGAUUGAGCACUCGCUGAUGUUAUUCUAUUCAAUUAACCAAUCGUUAUUUCUAGUUUCUAAA